CUUUUGAUUUUAGCAACGGAAAGGUUGGAAUUGUCUUCUGAAAUUAUUAUAAUGGAGGAGCAGGAUAAUAAGGAGGUUCCUUUGUUUGAGUUUCUUUCACUUAAAAGGAAAAAGGAUGACCAGAAAAGAAUGCCCUGGUACUACGCACCAUCGUUCCUUCUACUUUGGGUGGCUUUGUUCUAUGCCAUCGUUAUCCCACUUUUCAACAGACUCCCAGACAAGGUGACAAUUUCCGAGGAAUCCCUGAGACCUGGAGAAUUUGUGGGGGAACGUGCCCAGAAGCAACUAUUUGAUUUCGAUCGCAUUGGUGUCAAAUACGUUGGAAGUACUGCAAACGAGGUGAAAACUGUGGAGUUUUUGGUGAACGAAGUGGAGAAGAUCCGUUCGGAAAUGAAAAGUGAUCUCUACGACCUUGAUGUGGACGUACAAUCAUCAAACGGCGGCUAUGUGCUGGGCAGGAUCAGGAUCUACCAGGGCAUCCAAAAUGUCGUUGUAAAGCUGAGUUCCAAAAACUUUCCAAGUGACUCGUAUUUGCUUCUAAACAGCCACUUUGAUUCGAAGCCAAGUACACCGGGCUCUGGGGAUGAUGGCACUAUGGUCGUGGUUAUGUUGGAGGUUUUACGUCAAAUGGCUAUAUCGGAGACCCCUUUCGAACAUCCCAUCGUGUUUUUGUUCAAUGGAGCCGAAGAAAAUGGACUUAUGGGCUCGCAUGCUUUUAUUACGCAACACAAAUGGGCAGCUAAUUGCAAAGCCUAUAUUAACUUGGAGGUAGGAGGCAGUGGUGGACGAGAUCUCCUAUUCCAGAGCGGACCCCAACACUCAUGGCUUAUGAAGUACUAUAAAUCGUAUGCCAAACAUCCAUUUGCCACAACAUUGGCUGAGGAGAUAUUUCAAAGUGGAAUCUUACCCUCCGACACUGAUUUUCGAAUAUUUCGUGAUUUUGGAAAGAUUCCUGGUCUGGAUAUUGCUCAGGCCAAGAACGGCUACGUUUACCAUACAAUCUUUGAUACAUAUCAAAACGUACCAGGAAGAUCGAUUCAAAAUACUGGGAACAAUAUCCUGUCCUUGGUUCAGGCCUUUUCGAAUGCAACAGAACUAAAUGAAGUUGAGGCGUACCAAAAUGAUGGACACUCUGUAUUUUUUGAUUAUCUGGGACUUUUCUUUGUUUAUUACACGGAAUCAACUGGAAUAAUAUUGAAUUGCAUAAUUGGCGUACUUGGUUUGAUUCUGGUGGGAUGGUCUUUAUGGAGGAUGUCCCAGAAAUCAGAGGAGGUGUCUCUCAAGCAGAUAUCGAUUUGGUUUGCCAUUAUCCUGGUACUCCAUGUGAUUGGAGUUCUUUUGAGUAUAUGUUUGCCCUUGCUAAUGGCUGUAAUGUUCGAUGCUGGAGAUCGAUCUCUUACCUACUUUACGAAUAAUUGGCUGGUAUUGGGUCUCUAUAUCUGUCCGGCAGUCAUCGGUCUGGUCUUACCCCUAACACUCUACUAUACUCUAAUGCCAAACAGAAAACUAAGCUAUGCUUACCAAAUCCAAAUGAGUCUUCAUGCCCACUUGGUGCUCUUGACCAUUAUUGUUUUUAUUGCGACCGCCUUGGGUUUUCGGUCGGAGUACUCGUGUUUAAUAUCAUUGAUCUUCUAUAGUGGAGCCCUGCUGAUUAAUCUGCUGAGCAAACUACAUGAUAAGGGCUUCAAUUGGACUCUGAUUGUGUUGUGUCUUCAGGUCUUUCCAUUUUGUUACUUUUAUUAUCUGUUUUACUUGCUCCUCGUUAUAUUCUUCCCCAUUCUUGGUCGAAGUGGCAGUGCCUCGAAUCCUGAUCUCAUUGUAGCCCUUCUGUGUGGCUGUGCUGUCCUUUCUGCCCUGGGAUUUUCUGCACAAUUGAUUAAUAUGUUCCGAUGGCCAAAAUUAAUUCUUUUCGGACUGGGAGUGGUUACUUUCAUUUUCUGCAUGCUUGCGGUAUCAGAUGUGGGCUUUCCUUAUCGUGCGAAGACCAAUGUGAUGCGUAUAAGUUGUGUGCACACGCGACGGAUUUUCUACGAAUAUGAUGGCUCUGUGAGUCACGAUGAUUCGGGCUACUACUUCAACUAUCAGGACAGGCGGGGCUUGAAUCCCUUGAAGGACUCCGCCCUUAAUCUCACUGGUGUGGUGCCCGUGUCUUCCUUCUGCGAUGACUAUGUCAUGUGUGGAGUUCCUUGCUUUGCCUGGUGCGGCUGGCGGGAGAGGGAUGGGUGGCUUCCACGCGAGUCGGAGGUCAUAAUUCCAGGUGAAUUCUAUCUGAAAUUUUUGGAAAAAACCGUCUCAGAGGUGAAUGGAACGGUUCGACUCAGUUUCCAACUGUAUGGAGCUCCGCACAUGAAUAUAUUCAUGCAACCAGUGGGUUCUGCCGUUUUUAGGGACUGGUCCUUUGAUCGAAAUAUGCUAGAUAAUCCGGAGAAGUUCGAGUUACCUUACCAAGUCUAUUUGGCUUGUGGGACAGACAGAAGCCCCUUGGAGUUUUACAUUGAAAUGGAGAAUCCUGAUAAGGAUUACACUGUGCCUGUCCUGGAGCUGGCAGUUGUUGGACAAUUCAUCACCUAUGAUUAUGAACGGGAUGCCGAGUCUCAGCGUUUUGUUUCGGAAUUCCCAGAUUUUGUGCAUGUCACGGAGUGGCCAGCAAUACUUAAGCGCUACAUUUUCUAAGAAUUAAUACAUAUGUAUAUCGCAGGUGCUUCAAAUUUUGGCAAUAAAUUUCUAUCCAUUACCUG